CUUUUUUUCCCUGUUCUUAUUUAUGACUAAUGUUUUAGAUUAGUAAUAAAGACAUGUCAGAUUAAAAAUAGUACUAAUUUUAGGUAUCAUAAUUUCACUUUAUAAUUCAAGUAAUUGUCAUAAAUAUCCAGUGGGAAUUCCCACGAUGAUUUCUUAUAUGGUUAUCAAUCAUACUAAAUAUGAAGGACUAUGUCCAUCCUCAUACCAGCUAUUAUGAUUUGGCUCAAUAAAUUAACUGAUUCAUUAACGUUCAUAUGAUGACUUGUGAAUCAAAGGGAGUCAUGUCACAUAUUUCGUUAAGUUUGUUGUAACCACCUCCCUCCCAUUCCUCUUGCUGUUUAAAGCUUCUCUUGAAGUAGUCUUUCGACUCUCUAACUCUGUCCCUCUCCUCCCACUGAGCCCCAUCUCUUCCUUCCUUCUUGAGCUCAACGUAUUCCUCAGCUCUAGUCCGUCGUCUUCUAUCUAACUCCGUUUCCAGCUAUAAGCCCACCAAUGGCGAUCGCCUCAGGAGAAGACGGCAGUUCCAUUCCAAAGGACGGCGGGAGAUCGAGCUCGUCGUCGGCUGGUUUUCUUGCCGGGCAGCCCCCGCUCCCCCCAGGCCACACCAAAUGGCCCACCGAGAAAUCGACGGCUCGUGAUCCGGCUGAAGCGAAGGUGCCCUCCUUGCGGCUAUUGCUGGCUGCCUGUCAGAAGGAAGUCAACCUCGUCAGCGAAAAGAUCAGUCUAUUCGAGAACCAAAAAUCGGAGGAGUUCGGCUUGCAACACUACCCCAGGAGAACGCAGGAGUACGAAAUGAAGCUGUCGGAGUGCGAGAAGAUGAUAGCUGAACUGAGACCAAAGCUCCACCAGCUGCUCCCCGACACCAGACGCAUCGAAAUAAAGGUCGACACGUUGACUUCUAGGAUCGAAGCGUUGAAGAAAAGAGCCUCUAAACCGAAAGAACCUGAUCCAUCAGAAAGCUGAAAAGGAGGUAUCAGAUGCUUGCAUCAUUCAACAGCUUCGAACCGCUCAUAAAUUCUUCUUCUGCAAAGUUAAUGCUGUCAUUAGCAAGUAGUGGUACUGCCUGUAUGAUGAUAUAUCAGGUUGCUGUUAUCUGAAGCUUUGGUGUUGGUUUAGCAGUCAUUCCAUCUUCGCAUCCAAUUUGUGCAGUAUGAAGCGUAAAAACAUCUCUGGAGGUGGAUUGACGAAGCUUUACAGAUCAUUUUUACCUCUCCCACACAUUUCUCCUGGAAAACCUAAUGAUACUUAAGAGGCAAUCUGUUUUAGUACUCUGCAACAGAUAUCUUUUGUGCUGCUAAAGCUGUUGAUUGUGAUUCCACAUGUUAGUACAAUCAAUGUUCAUAUUGCAAAUUGCUUCAAGGAUUUGAACACAACUAAAAACUGACUCAG